AUUUUGCGUACCCAUUAUGGCACUGCUUCAACACCUGGUUCAAUUGCGUUCAAUGUAUCGUUGCUUGAACGAAAGAGGGUUUCCCUAGAGAAGCCUGAUUUUCAUGCCACAAAUGAGCUUCUCCGCGAGUCAUUUGAUGCACUAGUACAACGGGCAUGGGAGCUUACUCUACUAAGUACAAACUUGGAAGAAUUUGCGGAAGGUGUCUCCGAUGAAGUACUUAAAAUUGAACUCAUGGCGAAAGUGGACACACUAAUUGAUAGAUUUCUUCUGACUGGCUCCUUAGAAAUCCUCGAUGGGACCACAUCUAGGAAUUCCGCCUUGUUUCUCCGUGACAUGCUUUUUUACUUGGAGCUAUCGUCUGCGAUCAAAGCAGGUGAUCAUGGGCGCAUUGAAGAGAUUCUAAAAUGGAUCACAAUAAUGUUUCAAGCCGGAUCAACAAAAAACUAUGCAAAUGAACUUCUGCAUCUACAUUGCGGCUUUGCUUACUCCUGGUCCAAGCAA